AUGGCGCGAAGAAUCGACAAAUCCGAACUCACGGAGUCUAACCGCCUGGUACCAGAUAGCCUUGUCAAUCUCUAUCGAAUUGAUGAGAAAACAGUUGUCAAGCUAUGCGACCCGUCUCGCCUUGCAGAAGCAGAGGCUCUGCGAUUUAUGAAUCUCUCAAUCGUGGCGUUAUCGUCAUGGAGUAUAUUGAGGGAGAUGUUCUUCGAGAUGUGUGGGAAGAUAUGGACGACGAACGACGUCAGAAGAUUGGUGUCGCAACUCAAAAGCUACAUGGCUGAGCUGCGAUCCAUCAAGGGUGACUUUAUCGGUUCGGUUGAUGGGACUGCUUGCGAAGAUCCGGUGUUUUGUGCAGACUUAGGCGCAUUUGGCCCUUACAAAACCGAAGAUGAAUUCAACGAUGGCCUAAUCAGAGCAAUGAAGCUUUCCCAGGAGAACUCGUGGGUCGAUUAG